AUGUCGCGUUCCCUACCCAAGGUUUCCAAAGCCAUUGUAGUCCAAAAAGCAACGAACCCUGCGAACCCCAAAUUCAUAAAUGAUGCAGCUCUCAUCGAAUACCCCCUCCCGGAGCGCUUGGAGCCUGGACAAGUGCUGGUAAAGAUAAACGCAGUCGCGUUUAACCACAAAGAUGUUUGGAUUAGAAAGGGGCUCUACCCCGGGAUCACGCCAGGGAGCUUCUAUGGAGGCGAUGGUGCAGGAGAGGUAAUUGCCUCUGGUAACCCCAAUGACCCGCUCGUUGGGAAACGAGUUAUCAUGACUCCCAGCCGAGGCUGGUGGUCUGAUCCCAUUGCACCAGAAGACCCGAAGUUCUAUCCUCUUGGUGGGGCUGUGACGAAGCUAGGAGGAACCUUCUCCGAAUACAUCGUACUCGAACGACAGCACCUCAUCCCCACACCGAAACACCUCGACGACAUUCACGCAGCAGCAUGGCCCCUCGGUGGUGUGACAGCAUGGAGAGCAACCAUGGUCAACGCCCAGGUUAAAGCAGGACAGAACGUCCUCAUCACCGGUAUCGGAGGCGGAGUAGCCCUCAUCGCUCUCCAGCUCGCAGUAGCAGCUGGAGCCUCUGUCUACGUCACCAGCGGUAAUCCCGAGAAAAUCCAGAAGGCAAUCUCGCUCGGUGCGAAGGGCGGAGUGAACUAUAAAGAUAAGAACUGGCCAGCAAAGCUUCGAGAGUUAAUUCAGAAGCAGAAGAAGGGCGCUCUGCUUGAUUCUGUCAUUGAUUCCGGGGGAGCCGACAUCCUCACACAAGUGACGAAGGUCAAACUUCUCAAGCCGGGUGGAAAGGUUGUGUGUUACGGAAUGACGGCGGGGCCCACGAUCACAAUGACAAUGCGAGAGGUCCUUCAGAACCAACAACUCAUCGGCUCCACAAUGGGCUCGCACAAAGACCUCGAAGACGCCACCGCUUUCCUCGAGAAGCACCAAAUCGUUCCUAUCGUCUCACACGUCCUCGAUGGAUUCGAAUUGGCAGAGCAGGGAUUCGACCUUAUCAACCGAGGAGACCAGUUUGGCAAAGUGGUCAUCAAAGUUCGACAUGACUCGCAGCCAAGGGCUAAACUAUGA